GCAUGAAAGUUAAGCCAUGCCCAUGAGAUACUCGAACCCUUCAGAAACUUUGUAUGUAGUGAUAAUACGACUUGCCGUUUCUUAUAAUGCACAAAAUUGUGUCGUAGAUAAACGCCUUGCCGUUUUCUACAAUGUAAAACGACGUGACGUCUACUGUGUUUUCAAACAAUCCUUGUAGACACUCUCGGCAAAUUUACAGCUCUUCAACACGAAGAGAGCAAAAAAUGGAGAAGAAGCGUGAAGGAGUAAUGGAAGCAAUGAGUCGGAUCGUAUCAGAUCCUUUCUACUUCCUCCAUUUCAUGGCCUUCUUCUCUUACCUUCCGAUUCGUAGCUCCGCCGCACCCUACACUUCUCAUCGACUCUUCGACAGAGAAAUCCAAGCAUUUCUAGCGUUCCUUAUGUUUUCCGCUAUCAAGAUGGUGAGGGAGGAAACAUGGGAAGCUUUUGUUGCGGAUGGUUUACUCUACGCUAAGAUCUUUCUCAUAGCUGUUUCGUUGAUUAUGGAUUACCGAGUGGCGAUCUGGUUCUCUGUCAUAUUUUCAGUUAUAUAUCUUUUAGCUCAACAGCCAGCAUUUAGUAAAUUAGGAACUGCGAAGAAGCUAACACCUAUGCAGUUGGAGGAUUUGCUGUCUGAUGGGAGCACAACGAAAUACUGGUUGAUAGAAUUCUUUGCAUGUAGUUCUUCUAAGUGUGUUCGUUCAAGCCGAUGCUUUCCCGAACUCUCUAUCACGUACUCGAAUAAUCUUUUGUCUUUCGGAACUGUUGAUUUUGGACUUUUCCCUAAUACUGCUGCUAAGUUCGGAAUAUCUCUUGCCGGUGGAAUGUCUCAGCUUCCAACAUAUAUAUUGUUCGAAAAGGGUGUUGAAGUUUCUCGGUUCCCAGACUUUUAUGUCGAUGCUGCACCUUCUUUACCCAUAACCAAGGUUUACAUGCUUUGA